AUGUCCAUUAAGCCCGAAAACAAGCAGAGGGUGAUUGAGUCUUAUGACAGACUUCUUAAGGUUUUGGAGAGCGAGAUUGCGCUAAUUGAGAAAUCUGGUCCUUCUUUUGUUCCAGAAAUCGACUUCAAUGAUAUUUGCGAAAACGACGGUCGUCUUCCUGAGGCAUUCGCCAAUAUUGUACGGGACCGGGGCUGCGUCAUUCUACGGAAUGUCGUGAACGAGGAGCAGGCCAUAGCUUGGGAGGCGUCGCUGAGGGAUUAUGUGCAUCGCCAUCCCGGUGUCGGUGGUCAUCCUGCUAAAAGGCCGGCGGCCUGGAAUACCUUCUGGACCCCCGCACAAGUGCAGAUUCGCUCGCACCCAGCAGUAAUGGAGGCUAUGAGCGCCGUCUCCCGGCUCUGGCAUGCAGCCGAUCCAUCGACCCCCAUUGAUUUUGAUAGCCAGGUGGUCUACCCCGAUCGAUUUCGAAUCCGCUACCCCAGUGACGACGCCGACCAAUUCCCGUUACCCUCGCACCUUGACAGUGGUGCAAUCGAGCGAUGGGAGGACGAGGAAAACCGCAAGAAUUUUGCCGCUAUUUUCGAGGGCAAAUGGGAGGACUGGGAUGGCUGGGCAGCUGACUUCCGCGGCGCGGCGAAGACCGAUCUUUAUCAAACCGGAAUAUCGUGCUCGACUUGGCGCAGCCUUCAGGGCUGGCUCUCGCUCUCUCAUACGAACACAGGCGAAGGAACUUUACGCCUCCUGCCGAGCUUGAAAACUUCUGUUGCCUAUAUCAUGUUGCGUCCGCUUUUCCACACUGGAGAGUACAACGACUCAUUGCCUACUUUCCCGGGCUCCACCCCUGGGCGCACUCAAUUCUUCCCUACACCGGAACACCAUCCUCACCUGGAAAUUGAGAAGGCGAUAGUUGGCAUUCCGCCUGUGCGGCCAGGGGAUUACGUCUUCUGGCAUUGCGACCUGGUCCACGGCGUUGAUCAGCUCAACCAAGGCAAGAAUGAUUCUAGUGUUUCCUACAAUGCUUGCAAUCCCCUGACUCCCCACAACGCGGACUCCCUCAUUGGUACCCGUGCGGCAUUCGCGAAGGUGGAUGUGCCCGUGGAUUUCAUGCGGGGGCAGGGUAAUAAUGAAAGGGAAUAUGAGCAUGAAGACCAUGGGGCCCAGAGAGAAAACAUUUUGAGUGAGGCUGGUCUGAAGGCGAUGGGAAUGCUACGCUUCAACGAGGACGAAGAGGGGUUGACUCCUGGGCAGAAGGAGGAAAAAACGGCACAGCUUGGUGGCAUUGGUUUUGGGAUCGAUUACGGUUAUUGGUCGGGAAUGUUGGCGAUGCCUCAGUUCCUUAGGGACUUUGGCGUCUACGACGUCAAGACCCAAAGCUGGGGCAUCCCCUCGACCUGGCAAUCUGCAGGCAGCGGGCCUCCAAUUGCCGGCCUUGCCGUAGGCGCCCUUGUCGCUGGAAUGGUCGGCAAUAUUCUCGGUCGCUUGAAAACAUUUCGCCUUUCCUCUGUGAUCUCUAUCGUGGGUAUCGUCAUCCAGUGCGCAUCUAUGGGUUCUUACUGGCAGAUUAUGGUCGGGCGCAUCAUCAACUCAUUAGCACUGGGCAUCCUUGCGAACACGGUACCUGCAUACCUUGCCGAGGUCUCACCCCUCUCCAUCCGCGGGACGCUGGUCAACUGCUACCAGUUUUCCAUCUCCAUCGGCGCGAUUCUGGUCAACACGACAAACUGGGGUAUGCACCAACGGACAGACCAGUGGGCAUACCGGUUGGUCCUCCUUCUUCAACUGAUUGUGCCCGUCGUCUUCGUAAUCGGAUCUUUCUUCGUUCCCGAAAGCCCUCGUUGGUUGAUUGGGAAAGGUCGCGAUACGGAUGCAGCUGGAUCUUUGAGAACUCUUCGCACAGACACGUCGCCAGAGGUCAUCGAACAAGAGAUCCAACUGAUCAUGGCAGCGGAAGAAGAGAACAAGAGUCAAUUUGACCAAUCCUGGAUCGAAUGCUUCAAAGGACCCAAUCUGCGUCGCACCUUGAUCGCUACCGGUGUUCAGUGCCUGCAGCAAGCGCAGGGGAAUUCGUUCAUGGCCACCUAUUCCGUGGUUUUCCUCAAAUUGCUCGGCAUCCAGGACGUUUACAAGAUUCAGAUUUUCAAGUCCCUCACCAUGGCCGGUGCCUGCGGCUUUGGCUUCUACAUCCCUGAUCGUUUUGGUCGACGCUGGCUGCUAAUCAUUACCGCAUUGACCUUGUUUGUCGGCAUGUACACAAUUUCAGGAAUCGAGGCUUCUGGCCUCUCGAGCCACAAGAGCGGUCAAAGGACCGCUACCGCGUUCAUAUUCAUCUGGGAGGCCGCGAUGUCGAUCGGGUGGAGUAGCUGCGUGUGGAUUGUGACAGCUGAGGUGCCGACCCUGCAGCUCAGGGAGAAGACGAUCACGAUAGCCAGCUUUAUCGGGUUUUGUGUCUCGAUAUUGAUAACUUUCCUUACUCCUUUCAUCCAGGAUUCUGGUUACGGCAACCUGGGAUCGAAGAUUGGCUUCUUCUACGGUGGCUUUUCCUUUUUCGCUGCUGUAUGGGCCUACUUUUUUUAUCCGGAGACUGGCUUUCGUAGCCUGGAGGAGCUUGAUGAGUUGUUCCAAAACAAUGUAUCAGUCUGGCGAUUUCGCUCGUACCAGACAAGUGGCUUCGGUGCUCAAUUGGCCGAAGUUGAGGAUUCAGCCCAUCACGGCCUCGCAGUCUCAGAAAAGCCCACGGUUGAGCAAGAAGAAAACCUGGCCUGA